GCCUGAGAACAUCGGCCUCGGACCUGGCGGCAUCGACUUCUGCAAGGCCCAGGCCCUCUGCAAGGCCCAGGCCCGCCGCACGGACGCGCAGUUGCAGCGCGGCGCGGCCAGCGGAAGCAACGGGCCGGUGGUCUUCGUCCAGCAGGCCUGCCAGGAAGCGGCAGCCCAGGUCCACUUCGCCUUCUGGUUCCAGGCGGAGCUCGCGGAGCGC